AUGAAAUCAUUAUCACUUGUUUUGCUAUUUGCUCUUUUACUCCUUGCUGCAUCCAUCUACGUAGCAGGAGAUGUAGACACUUACAAGAAGGUUGAUACUUACAAGAAGGUCGACACUUACAAACCUCCAAAGAAGAAACAUUGUCGUAGAAAGUGUGUCCUUCACAAGUACAUUCGUGGAAAAUGUCUCAAACACAAGUGGGUCGGUCGUAAAAAGUAUUGUGACAAGUACACUGUCGUUGGAAAAGGUCGUUGCUUGAAGCAUAAAAGAUAUUCCAAGUGCGACAAGUACAGCAAGCCAUACAUCAAGUGUGUUAGACACAAGUACAAGAAGUAUUGCCACAAGUAUGAAACAAAACAAGUCUGUGAUAGUUAUGGCACUCGUAAAUAUUGCAAGAGACACUUCCAUAAAAAGUAUUGUGUCCAAACCAAGAAGUACAGAAAAUGCACCAAAUGGGGAAGAAAAAAGACCACUUGCAAAACUCCAAAAAGAAUUCCAAUUAAGAAGUGUUACACCAAGAAGAAGUGUGACAAGUAUGUGGACUCCUAUGCUCCUUCAAGAAAAUGCAAAACCGUUCGUAAAUGUCGCGUCGUUGGUUACAAGACCAAAUGCUUAAAGCACAAUUAUCGUCGUUAUUGCAAGAGACACAAAUGUUACACCAAAUGCAUGUCUCACAAGUACAGAAAAUAUUGUCGCAAAUGGAGCACUCGUAAAUAUUGUAAUCAUUACAAGAAGGUGACAAGAUGUUGUCAACACAAGAAGAAGAAAUAUUGUGUUCACAAAAAGACCUAUCCAGCCAAGUGUAUUCAUAAAAAGUAUUGGAAGAAGUGUUGUAAGAGAGCACCACCAAAGAAGAAGUGUACCAAAUACAAGUACACCAAAGGAAGAAAGAUUUGUAAGAGUCGUGCUCCUUCCAAGAAGAUUUGUGUCUAUAAGAAGAGAGUUUGUAAGAAGAAGAAGAAGAAGGUUGACAUUUACAAGAAAGUUGAUACUUACAAGAAGGUAGAUACUUAUAAUUAA